AUGCUGAACAAUCUGGCCUUUGAGGAAGGAUCCAAAGAAAGAUCCGGAGCUAGCCGGGAAGGGGAGGGGACAGGAAGUUGUGGGGAGGAGGCGGUGACCCCCGGAGGAGUAGAGCGGUCGGGGGCGUCCCGGGAGCGGUCGGCGCGCGGCGGUAUCGAGCGGCGGUAUCGUGAUCGCGCCCCUGCAGCAGGUGCUGCGGCUGCCCCAACCCCAGUGGCAGUCACUGCAACUGAACCAGAAAAUCAGCCUGUGCCCGUGUCAGUCGCCCCUAUCCAGAAGAAGAAAUGCAACAAGAAAUCAGUUCGCUUAGUGAGGGAUGACAAUGAAGCAGGGUCAUCACGAGAACAAGAGGAAGAGGCAGAAUCAGAGAUAAUCACUCGAUCCCUGUCCCUGAGUGAGCUGCGGGACAUGCGGAAAGAUUUCGGCCGACUUCCAGGCGAGCACAUUGUCACCUGGCUGCUCCGGUGCUGGGAUAACGGAGCCAGUAGCUUGGAAUUGGAGGGUAGGGAGGCCAGGCAGCUGGGAUCUCUGUCUAGAGAGGCGGGCAUUGACAAGGCAAUUGGGAAGAAGACACAGGUCCUCAGCCUCUGGAGGCGACUCCUAUCAGGUGUGAGGGAAAGGUACCCCUUCAGUGAAGAUGUUAUAUGCCAUCCGAGCAAGUGGACCACCAUGGAGAGAGGUAUCCAGUACCUGAGAGAACUAGCCGUGCGGGAGAUGAUUUAUUGUGACCUGGACAAUGCACAGUCACCCACAGAUCCUGAUGAGGUCCAGUGCACAAGGCCCAUGUGGCGGAAGUUUGUACGGAGCGCCCCAUCGUCAUAUGCCAACUCAUUGGCAGUGAUGGAAUGGAGAGGCGAAGAGGGACCAACGGUGGAUGAGGUGGCUGCCCGACUUCGGCAAUAUGAAGAAAGUCUCUCUUCUCCCCUUGUCUCAGCUGUGGAGAAACUGUCCCGGAAGGUCCAGCAACUUGAAGAGAAUAUAUCCUCCCCGCCUGUACGAGCCAGUAUCUCAGCUGUUAGAAGCAGACACUUCUCCACUCAAGAUAGAGAAUACAGGGAGUACACACCACGAAACACCCUGUGGUUCUGCCUGCGUGACCACGGAGAGGACAUGAGGAAGUGGGAUGGACAACCUACUUCAGUCCUACGGGCACGGGGGGGCCCUGCCUCCGGCCAGGUGGGGGAAAGGGACAACCGGAUUUAUUGGACAGUGUGGAUUCGAUGGCCUGGCACGUCAGAGCCACAGGAGUAUAGAGCUUUAGUGGACACGGGUGCACAGUGUACCAUAAUACCAUCAAGCCAUACAGGGACAGAACGCAUCUGUAUUUCUGGAGUGACAGGGGGAUCCCAAGAGUUGACUGUACUGGAAGCUGAAGUGAGCCUAACUGGAAAUGAGUGGCAAAAGCAUCCCAUUGUGACUGGCCCAGAUGCUCCAUGUAUCCUUGGUAUAGAUUAUCUCAGGAGAGGAUAUUUUAAGGAUCCAAAAGGGUACCGGUGGGCUUUUGGCAUAGCUGCAUUGGAGGCGGAAGAAGUUAAACAGCUGUCCACCUUGCCUGGUCUUUCAGAGGACCCUUCUGUUGUAGGGCUGUUGAAGGUUGAAGAACAACAGGUGCCAAUUGCUACCACAACAGUUCAUCGGCGGCAAUAUCGAACUAACCGAGACUCUCUGAUCCCCAUCCAUGAGCUGAUUCGUCAACUAGAGAUUCAAGGAGUGAUCAGCAAGACUCACUCACCCUUUAACAGUCCCAUAUGGCCGGUGCGGAAAUCUAAUGGAGAGUGGAGGCUAACUGUGGACUAUCGUGGCCUCAACGAAGUCACGCCACCGCUGAGUGCUGCCGUGCCGGACAUGUUAGAACUUCAAUACGAACUGGAGUCCAAGGCAGCCAAGUGGUACGCCACAAUUGAUAUCGCCAAUGCAUUCUUCUCAAUCCCUCUGGCAGCAGAGUGCAGGCCCCAGUUUGCUUUCACUUGGAGAGGUGUCCAGUACACCUGGAAUCGAUUGCCCCAGGGGUGGAAACACAGCCCCACCAUUUGCCACGGACUGAUCCAGACUGCACUGGAAAAGGGUGAAGCUCCAGAACAUCUGCAGUACAUUGACGAUAUUAUCAUAUGGGGCAACACAGCAGAAGAAGUUUUUGAGAAGGGGCAUAAAAUAAUUCAAAUCCUUCUGAAAGCUGGUUUUGCUAUAAGACGGGGUAAGGUCAAGGGACCUGCACAGGAGAUCCAGUUUUUAGGAGUAAAAUGGCAAGAUGGACGCCGUCAGAUCCCAACGGAUGUGAUCAAUAAGAUAGCAGCUAUGUCCCCACCAACUAGUAAGAAGGAAGCACAAGCUUUCCUAGGCAUUGUGGGUUUUUGGAGGAUGCAUAUCCCAGAUUACAGUCUGAUUGUGAGCCCUCUGUAUCAAGUUACCCGGAAGAAGAACGAUUUUAAAUGGGGUCCUGAGCAACGACAAGCUUUUGAACAAAUUAAACAGGAAAUAGUCCAUGCAGUAGCCCUGGGGCCAGUCCGGGCAGGACAAGAUGUUAAAAAUGUGCUCUACACCGCAGCUGGGGAGAACGGCCCUACCUGGAGCCUGUGGCAGAAAGCCCCAGGGGAGACACGCGGUCGACCCCUAGGAUUUUGGAGUCGGGGAUACAGAGGAUCCGAAGCCCGCUAUACUCCAACAGAAAAGGAGAUACUGGCAGCAUAUGAAGGGGUUCGAUCUGCUUCAGAAGUGGUUGGUACAGAAGCACAGCUCCUCUUGGCACCCCGGCUGCCAGUGCUGGGUUGGAUGUUCAAAGAAAGAGUCCCUACCACACAUCAUGCAACGGAUGCUACGUGGAGUAAGUGGAUUGCACUGAUCACUCAGCGAACUCGAAUGGGAAACCCCAGUCGCCCAGGAAUUCUAGAGGUGAUUAUGGACUGGCCAGAAGGCAAGGAUUUUGGAAUGUCACCAGAGGAGGAGGUGAUGCGUGCAGAAGAGGCUCCACCAUAUAAUGAACUACCAGAAGAUGAGAGGAGAUAUGCCCUGUUCACUGAUGGGUCCUGCCGGAUUGUGGGAAAGCAUAGGAAGUGGAAGGCUGCUGUGUGGAGUCCUACAAGACAAGUUGCAGAAGCCACUGAAGGACAAGGUGAAUCAAGCCAAUUUGCAGAGGUGAAAGCAAUUCAGCUGGCUUUGGACAUUGCCGAGCGGGAAAAAUGGCCGGUACUUUAUCUCUACACCGACUCAUGGAUGGUGGCAAAUGCUUUGUGGGGGUGGUUACAGCAGUGGAAGCAGCAGAAUUGGCAGCGCAGAGGCAAACCUGUCUGGGCUGCGGAAUUGUGGCAAGAUAUCGCUGCCCGGGUAGAGAAUCUGGUUGUGAAAGUACGUCAUGUAGAUGCCCAUGUACCCAAGAGCCGGGCCACUGAGGAACAUCAGAAUAACCAGCAAGUGGAUCGGGCUGCCAAGAUUGAAGUGGCUCAGGUGGAUCUGGACUGGCAACAUAAGGGCGAAUUAUUCUUAGCUCGAUGGGCCCAUGACUCUUCAGGCCAUCAAGGGAGAGAUGCUACAUAUAGAUGGGCUCGGGACCGAGGGGUGGAUUUGACCAUGGACAUUAUUGCACAGGUCAUCCAUGAAUGUGAGACAUGCGCUGCAAUCAAGCAAGCCAAGCGAUUAAAGCCCCUUUGGUAUGGAGGACGAUGGCUGAAAUACAAAUAUGGGGAGGCCUGGCAGAUUGAUUAUAUUACGCUUCCACAGACCCGUCAAGGCAAGCGCUAUGUGCUCACAAUGGUGGAAGCAACCACUGGAUGGCUGGAAACAUACCCUGUGCCCCAUGCCACUGCCCGGAAUACCAUCCUGGGCCUCGAAAAGCAAGUUCUGUGGCGACAUGGCACCCCAGAGAGAAUUGAGUCGGACAAUGGGACUCAUUUCCGAAACAGUCUCAUUGACACCUGGGCCAAAGAGCAUGGUAUUGAGUGGGUUUACCACAUUCCCUAUCAUGCACCAGCCUCUGGGAAGGUAGAACGGUACAAUGGACUGUUAAAAACUGCACUGAGAGCAAUGGGUGGUGGGACUUUUAAAAAUUGGGAUACACAUUUAGCAAAGGCUACCUGGUUAGUUAACACCAGGGGAUCUAGCAACCGAGCUGGCCCUGCCCAGUCUAAACCCCCACGUACUGUGGAGGGAGACAGAGUCCCCGUAGUGCACAUGAAGAAUAUGUUGGGGAAGACAGUCUGGGUCAGUCCUGCCUCAGGCAAAGGCAAACCUGUCCGUGGGGUUGCCUUUGCUCAAGGACCCGGAUGCACUUGGUGGGUGAUGCGGAAGGAUGGGGAAGUGCAGUGUGUACCACACGGGAACCUGAUUUUGGGCGAGAAUAGCCAAUGAAUGAAACUGUAUGAUGUUAAUUGCUAAAUGACCCUGCCAUCUCACUUUGGUGACUGCUAUUGGUUGUACUAUAGUAGGAAUCACCCAACUAAUGACUGAUGGACUCUGAUGAGAAAUCAAGUACGGUGCAGCCUUGAAGAGACCAGAACUGACCUCAGCAGCUGGCGCCCAGCAAUUUCAAUGAGACCAACGUCUUCAACCCAUGGACAUGAGCUACACCGGAUACAUCAGCCACAAGGCCCAGAGAAAAGAUACAACAUGCAACAGUCCAGCCCCAACAUACACCAUCUUGCAUGCCCUGAGAGACUGUUCUAACAGAUGGAGGUUGAAGUCAUGGGUUAAAUGAACUCAACAGACAUUUUAGAGCGAUGGCCCAUAGACUAAGGACAUUAUACCUAUAUGUGUAUAUAUAUAUAUAUGUCAGGAGAAACUGACAGUAUACAACUGGAAACUGUAGGAUCUGGGCAUGGCAUGAAAUGGUAUGGAAUAAGGGGUGGAUGAUGUCCUGGGUCUGGCAGUGAUGGGGUUAAUUCUCCCCAGGACCUAGGAGGGACACAAGUAUUCCAUCCCAUGUGAGCCAUGCCCAAGGGGUAGCCGGAGCUAGCCGGGAAGGGGAGGGGACAGGAAGUUGGGGAGAGGAGGCGGUGACCCCCGGAGGAGUAGAGCGGUCGGGGGCGUCCCGGGAGCGGUCGGCGCGCGGCGGUAUCGAGCGGCGGUAUCGUGAUCGCGGUUGUAUACCCCUCUGUUAUUGUUGUUGUUAUUGCUCUUUGUUCUGUUCUGUUAAAAUUGCCUUUGUCUCAACCCACGAGUUUUGCCUUUUUAUUCCCAUUUU